GAUCAAUGGGGAGCCAAGGCGGACCAUUCUUGCCUCGUUAGCGAUUAUGCCGCGGGUAUAUAAAGGGAAGCGUCACCACACCAAGUCCUCACUGUGAACAUCUCCUCUCGCAGCCUCUUCUCAAGAUGAGCUACAUCCUGGAGACGGUCGGUAACCCUUCCUCCUAUCGGAGAGUGGAAACCAGGAGCUUCAGCAGCCGAACCAGUGCCUCCCCGUCCAGCGGCUUCCGAUCGCAGUCUUGGUCCCGGCUGAGCCCGAACCCGGCGGCGUCUUCCUCCGCCUCCUCUUACCGGCGUAUCGCCAGCGUCCACGCUCCCCGGGCUUACAGCUCUUCCGAUAGCCUCGACUUCAGCCAGAGCAGCGCCCUGAACGGAGAUUACAAAGCCAUUCGCAGCAAUGAGAAGGAACUGCUUCAAGGUCUCAACGACCGGUUCGCCGGCUACAUCGAAAAGGUGCAUUACUUGGAGCAGCAGAACAAGGAGCUGGAAUCCGAGAUCCAAGCUCACCGCCAGAAGCAGGUGUCCCAUGGGCAGCUGGGCGAUGUGUACGACCAGGAGAUCAGGGAACUGAGAUCCCUCAUCGAGCAGAUGAACCAUGAAAAAGCCCAGAUCCAACUGGACGCCGCGCACUUGGACGAUGACUUGCAACGCCUCAAAGACCGCUUUGACGAGGAGGCGCGCCUGAGGGAUGAGACCGAAGCGGCCAUCCGUGCUCUGAAGAAGGAGACGGACGACGCAGGGCUGAUGAAGGUGGAGAUGGAGAAGAAGGCGCAGUCCCUCCAGGACGAGGUGGCUUUCCUCCGCAGUAACCACGAGGAAGAGGUGGCUGAUCUCUUCGCCCAGAUCCAAGCCUCCCAGGUCACGGUGGAGAAGAAGGACUUCCUCAAGACCGACAUCACCUCGGCUCUGAAGGAGAUCCGCUCACAGCUCGAGGGCCACUCGGCCAAGAACAUGCAGCAGGCCGAGGAAUGGUUCAAGUGCCGCUACGUUAAGCUCAACGAGGCAGCCGAAAUGAACAAGGACGCCAUCCGGGCGGCCCGGGAAGAGAUCGGCGAGUACCGACGCCAACUUCAGUCCAAGAGCAUCGAGUUGGAGUCGGUGAGGAGUACCAAGGAGUCCCUGGAGAGACAACUCAAUGACAUAGAGGACCGCCACAACGCAGACGUGUCAAACUACCAGGAAACUGUCCAGCAACUAGAGAACGAGCUCCGAGGUACGAAAUGGGAAAUGGCGCGUCACUUGAGGGAAUAUCAGGAUCUGUUGAACGUUAAAAUGGCUCUCGACAUUGAGAUCGCUGCCUACAGAAAGCUUCUGGAAGGCGAGGAAUCAAGGUACACUUUCUCUGGGAGUGUUACUGGCCCAUCCAUCCCCUACAGAUCCCCGCCCACACCCACACCCCCGAUGAAAGUGCAGAAGGCGAAAGAAACUCCGAAACUGAAAGUCCAGCAUAAAUUCGUGGAAGAGAUAAUCGAAGAGACGAAAGUGGAGGACGAGAAAAUGGAGAUGGAGGACCUUGACUUGGCCGAGGCGGUGGAAGAAGCUACAGCUCAAAAGACUCCAGAGGAAGAGGGGAAAGCCGAAAAGGUGGUAGAGGAGGUCGUUGUUGCCACGGUAAAGGCUGAGGUUCAGGCAGAGCCGGAAGGAGAGGGCGAGGAGGAGAAGGCAGAAGUGGCGGAAAAAGAAGAAGGCAAGGAGGAGAAAGAAGAAGAAAAGAAGGAAGAGGCUGAAGAGAAGGGAGAAGCAGAAGAAGAAGAGGGCGAGGCGGAGGGUGAAGCUGAAACAGAAGAGGGUAAGGUUGUGGAGGAAAAGGUGGAAAGUGUGAAGCUGGAGGAAUCAAAGGCUCUGCCAGGAAAGGAUGAGGCGAAGGAAGAAGGUGAGGAGGAGGAGCAAGAGGAAGAAAAGAAGGAAGGAGAGGCCAGCGGUGAGUCCGAAAAAGAAAGCACCGUAGAUGUUGUUAACGGAGGUCGGGAUGACUCAAAGAAAGAGGAGGAAAAGGCAGAAGAGGAGGUAGCUAUCGAGAAGACCGAAAAAGCUGCAGAAGAGAAGCUAUCCCCGAAGGAAGAAAAACUAUCUCCGAAGGAAGAGAAAUUAUCGCCGAAGGAAGAAAAACUUUCACCAAAGGAAGAGAAAUUAUCGCCGAAGGAAGAGAAAUUAUCGCCGAAGGAGGAGAAAUUAUCGCCGAAGGAAGAGAAACCACAGAAGGAAGAUGAAAAAGUAGAAGUGGAAGAGAAGAAAGAGGAAGUGAAGUCCAAGGAUGAAGGCACCGUUGUCAAUGGUGAACCCGAGGAGAAAGCAGGAGAUUCAGAUGCCAAGGAAGAAGAAACACACAUCAUUUCCAAUGGGGUUGACAAAAGCCCUGCUAAGGAUGACGCUUUUGACUCGGAAAUUCUCCAGACGAAGACAGGAACAAAGUCUAUCCAUAAAAUCGUGGAUGCGAGCGACGGGUCUACGAAACACAUCAAAGAAAUAACGAAAUCUGUGACGGUGACCCAGACGGUUGAGGAGGUGGAAGAGGUCGUCCAGGAGACGAUAGUGUCCACCAAGACGGUCGAGAAGACCUUACACUCGGUGCUAAAGAAGGAGCAGGAGAGCGAAUGAACGAGGCCUCAUGAGGCGGAGGGAUGCCCGACAGCUAAAGAUGCAUGGGUGUGAUAGCUUAAAUGGCCUCAGCAGAAUGGGUUUUCCCGUGAGAGACUCCAGACUUCCCGUCUUUUCCUUUGUGCAAUAGAAGAAACUGCAUGCAAGUUAACAAUGUGCCUCCACAGUGCGGGAAACUAAGGAACACCGGAAGAACAAUCACGACACAACUGCGAAGCAAGAUGCAUGGAAGAAGACUUCACUGAAUUGUGAUUCACCACACGUGACCAAGAGAAGUUCUCUCAAUCUGUUGGAGGGGCGCUUUUGAGAAAGUCUAAAGAUGUACAGUGCCUUGUAAAAGUAUUCAGCCCCCAACCCUUUGUUCGCAUAAAUGAGUAUUACAACCAGGGAUAUUGAUCAAUGUAACAGAGAAUUUGUGAAUCAAAUGGUGUUUUUUUUUACUGCAGAGCCUUCCCCCCACAAAAAAUAGGGGAAAUUGAAAAGCAUGAAAAACUAAAAAUUCGAAGUGUGAAAUGUCAGCAGUUCAAAAGUAUUCAUUCCCCUUUGUUCAGUACUUAGUUGAAUCACCUCUUGCAGCUAUUACAGUCAGUGGUUAUUUUGGAUAAGUCUCUAUUCGGGUUGCACAACCAGAUGAAGCAAGAUUCACCCAUUCCUCCUUACAAAAUUGCUCAAGCUGUGCCAGGUUAGUUGGGGAGCGGUGAUGGAAAGCAAUCCUGUGGCCUUGCCAGAGAUAUUUGAUCGGGUUAAGGUCAAGACACUGACUGGGCCACUCAAGGACAUCAAUUUGCUUCAUUUGAAGCCACUCUCCGGUUGCUCUAGCAGUGUGCUUUGGGUUGUUGUCCUGCUGAAAGAUGAGCUUCCUCCCCAGUUUAAGGUUUCUGGCAGAGACCAGCAGUUUUUAUACAGGAUCCCCUAUAUUUAGCAGCAACCACCUUCCCAUCAAUCCCCACCAGAUUUCCAGUCCCUGCAUCCCCAUAGUAUGAUGUCACCUCUGCCAUACUUUACAGCAGGGAUGGUGUUACCUUGCUGAUGUGUAUUAGAUGCACAUUACAUGUACUGUCUAUUGUUGAGGCCAAAAGUUCCACUUUCAUCUCAUCCAACUAGAAGAUCUUUUUCCACUUCUUUACAGUAUCUUCUAAGUGAUGCUUUGCAAUCUCUUUAUAGACAAGGGUAAGCAUUUUUAGCCAGGGCUUCUUCCUUACCACUCUUCCAUAAAUAUCUUUUUGUACAACUUCUUAGAGAUUGUGGAGCCAUGAACUUUAUCUCCAUUUGCAGCCACUGAUAUCAGCAGCUCACGCACAGUUACUGUUGGCGCCACAGUAAACUCUCAUACAAGUACAAGUCUUCUCUAACGACUGAGUUUAGAGGGAUGGCUUGACUUAAGCAAAGUGGCUGUGGUUUCUUUGUUUCCACUGCUUCAUAAUGGAUUGCACUGAGCUCCGGGAAAUGUUCAAUGCCUUAUACAUGGUCCUGUGUCUUUCCCCAGAUAUGUACUUCUCUAUUAUCCUUUCCCUGACUUGCAUUGAAUGCUCUUUCAGCUUCAUUUUGGUUUGGUCCAUUGAAAAGCUACCGUACAGUUGGACCUUAUAGAGAGAGGGGAGUAUUUAUUCAGGUGAUCCUCCAAUUUUCUACAUCAAAAAAUUGGGUGAGUUGGUAAGGUAAUACACAGUUUUGCACCUGAAGAAUGUUAGUGCAGUAACUAUAAAGGGGAUGAAUACUUUUUCAGCCUUAGAAUUUUGGUUUUUAAUUUUUGGUGAAUUGUUGACAGAUUUUGGAUUGUUUUCUUUUGAUUUGACAUGUUGCAGAAUGUUUUGCAGAUCAGAUAACAAAAACUUACUUCAAUAUUUUAUAAAUUUUAGAAAAUGAUGAGAAAAUUGUUGUGGUGGGGUUGAAUACUUUUUCAAGGCACUGUGUUAUGCAAAGAAUAAACUGAGCCAAAAUUUAAAAAAAAAAAUCCUUAGCCUUAAACAGCUCAUUAUGGUUAAUAUAUGGUUACCUCACGAGUGCUAUUAAAAUGGACUCUACUGGUGGGAGGGAGGGCUAGUGAUCAUUCACCAAUAUGCCACAGUUUAUCACCCCAUGUGACACCACUGCAAUAUUUGCUGAAUAAAAUACAUAUUA